AAGUAUGAAGUGCUUAACGCUGAAGAAUUUAAACCAUACGACAAAGCAACAGAAAAUGGAGUCUGUGUUAUCAAAAGGAAUUAGUUAAUUUGCAGUGCUGUUUGAACAAGAUCGAAAUACAAUUUAUUUCUACACGGAAGAUUGGAUCGACUUCAUACAAAAAGUAAAAAACUUAAGGCUGAAGGGGCGAGAAUUAAUAGUCUGGAAAAACAGAAAUGCCGAGUCCGCAGCUUAUGGAUAACAUUGAAAACCAACAAAAUAUUUAGGAUAAAUCCCAAUCAACAAAACUAGGUCCAACGUGUAAGAGGCGGUCAUCAUGGGUGAUAUGAAAAUAGGAAGCGACAAGCAGAUCACUGCAGUCACCCAGAACCUAAAAGAGGAUCAGGUGCUCGAGAAAACAAUGCAGAUGCUAGAUCUAGAAGAGUCAUAUGCUAUCAAAUUAUUAGAACUGGAUCAUAGAAUCGUCAGGGUUAACUACAAAAGAUUAAAGAACAAAGUUGGUAAAAUCAAAUCCCAUCUUACUCCCGAACAAGUGGCUGAGAUACGAGGUAUUGAACAUGAGGGUAAACUGAGCCAAGGAUACACGAGUAUAAACCUUAGUGGUGCUAUAAAGAUAGCAGCGGCUGCUAAGAGACUUAAACUAGGUGUAGGAAUGCCUCCCCGUCCCAAGCCUCCAGGUUUGCCUACAGCGCCUCCUCCGACGUCUACAGCCCAAUCCAAGAAGAAACCAUCAAGAGCGUCGCAACGGGAGAAAAACACAUCGAGCUCUCGUCAGAUAGACACAGAGCCUGGACGAAGGCGGCGCAGUAAUUCAGUGACGGGUGUCUUUGUGGACGCCCCUUCCGCUGAAACAGGACGUCAGCGCAGAAGCUCAAUUUCAAAUGUCUUAAUUACAAAUGGUAAUCAAAAUGAACAUACGAUCGAUAAACCAUUAACAGCUGCUGGUGGUAGAGUACACAUCACCGAUGGUGAACUUGAUAAUAUAUCAGAGGCAGCAAGUUCUAUGACAAGUAGCAAUGCUAACAAACUGAGGGCUACGACUGCACAUCCUUACACCAGAGAUGACCCUAGAAACAAAACUAAGCUCACCAGGCGACCUCAAACGUCACACUUGAUUACAAGAUUGAAUAAAUCCAACUUUUCCUCUCACGCCGAGGAGAGUAAUGCUUCCACCUCCCCCACAAGGAGGCCGAGAACAACAGCAAUUACAAGUAAUUUCUAUGAAAUUGGAAAUAAUAAUGAUAAUGACGAUACAUUCGGGGAGGAUCCGUAUGAACAACGUAGAAAAGAACUUCUCACGUUGGAAAAUUCCAGGCAUGAUGGUUUCAGUGAAAGAAAGAAGUCAUUCAUGAAAAAUAUAGAAGAGUACAUUUCAGCAAAACCAUUUCCAGAUCCUCUUAAAAAUUGGGAUAUCAUAAGAUUCCUAAGAAAUCAAGAACAGUUUCUACGCAGAACCAAUAGCGAACAAAGAUUAGCCACUGAUCUUAAUACAUCUGGACGACGUAAACGUUUCAAGUUUCCUGGUUAUGGGGGAAAUGAUACUGAAGAAACUACAAAGGAUGUGUUGGACUCGUGGAAAGGGCAGAUGAGAAAAGUGCGAUAUCUGAGAAUCCCAGAGGAAAUGAUCGACACUAGCGGAGUGAAUACGUUGGCCAGGGAUCAGAUAAAGCAACGAGCUGCGCUGAAAUCAAACGCCAAGGGAGGGAGGGGGUUCAAACAACUUGCAACGGUGAAUGAUUAGAACUGAUAUAGGAGCUCGUAACUUUUCAAUUGUUAAUAUUUGUUCCACAACGUCAAUCGACGUCAAUAUUAUGAAAAAUGUAUUUUGAACAUAAGGAAUUAUAAUGCUGUUUAGUAAUGCAGUUGAAAAAAGACAAAGCAGAAAGCUAUACGCUUUUAUAAUAUGAUCCAGCUUUAAUAAUGAAUUCACUGAUUUGCAAUGUGGACUGAUCAUAAAGGGACGGCAAAACGUGAAUAAUACUUAGAAACAUAACAAAGCGAGCCCCAGUUAGUAUUUCAUUCGUAGUUUUAAAUUCAUUUCUGUGGUAAU